AUGCCAAAGACACGGGGUCGGGUCAAGCGACAGCGAAUAUGCCCAUGGUGCUCAUUGUCAUUCUCGAAGGAAGAACACCUAUCUCGCCAUAUUCGGUCGCAUACCAAGGAAAAGCCGUUUGGUUGUGUGACAUGUGGCAAGACUUUCAGUCGCCAUGACUCCCUUCUGCGGCAUGGCAGAGUACAUUCUACGGAAGGCAAGGAUGGCCAAACUUUUGACAUUAGGACCUCAUCUCUAGAAGCUUAUGGGAACUCGGAUCAAAUCCUUGGGGGUUCUCAAUCGCCCUCUGUUGAGAAUGAUAUGGAUCAGGUUCCAUCAUUCCCAACCCAUCAAACACCAGCAAGCUCCCUGUCACCCAGUCAGCAUGCUGCUGCCUCUCACACCCAAGCUCGUCUGCCCGUAUGGCUUGAAACAAUCGUGCAACCUCCAAAGAAUGCCCAAAGCCAAAUCAACGCUCAAGCUCCUUUAUUUACACCACUGGAUAACAUCUUCGAUUCCAGUAUAGAAGAUUCUCUGCAUUUCAACCCGUAUUCUCAAGUUCCCACAUGGCUUGCAGACGAGCAUUUCGACCUAAAUGCUUUGAAUUCUUCGGUGAUGGCAAGCACGCUUGGAUUUUUCUCACCCGACUACACAGCAAAUGAGGACAGCACCGAUAUCACAAUACAAAUACUGGGAGAACCUCAUUCAGAGCGCAAGGAAGAUCAAGUCCGGCAACUAUGGUUCACAUAUGUUGGGACACAUAAGUCUGGCUACAUCACACCCGAGGCUACUCAAGAGCAAGUCGAACUGGACGAGCAAUACCGACAAACGCUGUCGCAGAGGCUUCAACAACGUGUGCCAACCGAGCCAUUACCAUCUACGGACUUCUUGAAUCUGUGCAUUCAGCUAUUUUUCACACGAUUCAAUCCAAUCUUUCCAAUUGUACAUGCACCUACAUUUCGACCUUCGGCAAAAAGUUCUCUUCUACUGCUGUCUAUAUGCUCAAUAGGGAGUCUUUUCGUAGGCUCCAACUAUGCUGUGACUCAGGGAUCUAUCAUUUUCGAGAGACUCAACAAAGCCAUCCUAGCCUCGUGGGAGAAAUAUCUCCUGAGCGGAAAGGGCGAGGCACUUGCAAUGACACAAGCUGCCCUGAUUGGACAAACAUUCGCCAUGCUUUCAGGGAAGCCCAGAAACCUGUUGAUCGUGCAGACAUUCCAUGGUACUGUCGCUACUUGGGCUCGAAUAUACAAGAUGUUUAAGGUUCGGCGGGCGACGGAUUAUCUGGAGGCACAUCUUCAGACCCGUAGCCCAGAAGAAUCAUGGAGGACCUGGGCCCAGUCGGAAGAGCAAGUUCGUCUGGCAGCAGGUCUUCACAUUCUUGACACAGAGAUCUCGGAAUUGGUCUUGACGCAUCCUCUCCUCCAGCAUGAAGAGUCCUUGCUGCCUCUGACCGGAAGUCAUGAGCUGUGGGUCGCUGCGAAUGCCGCCCAAUGGAAGAUAGCUCUGGGCCGUCAACAGGACCGCUCAAGCUUGAAUCAAGAUAACUCUAAUGCCGUUGUCGCGGAAUCUGGCACUUUGCCGCUCGAUACUGGACUGCCAGAUGGAUUUCAACGGUACAUUACGCUGGAAGGGAUCAAUGCCCGUAUUGCAGAGACAAGAACCUCCCACAUUGCCAGAGAUCAAAACAUGUCCACACGAUUCGAAUAUCAAUUGAUUCAAUUCUUCGACCAGUACCUUCAUGAGAAGGAAGACUCCCCUACCAACGAUCCAUUCUGCCUCGAGGUACUUUGGCACUCAGCCUUUAUCUCUCUUUUGGUUGACUUUGAUCGACUCGAACUUGCGAUUGGCAGAGAAGGAUUCGAGGAAUCAGCACUUUAUCGUCAAUAUGCUCACCAAUGGGCUGCUUCCCCUAAUGCGCGCCGUUGUGCUUUACACGGGGCAAUGAUUCUCCGAAAGCUUCAAACUACCCCGUUAGGAAUGGAGCCGGCGAUCCAUGUCCCUAGGGCGUUGUAUCGGGCAGCUACCGUGUGGUAUGCGUACUCCGAGUACGGGCUGGAUGUCGAUCCUAGCGACCUGGCAACACCGCCCACUGCCAACGUCGAGUUUCCCGAAUUUUCCCGGUUAAAGAUUAACAGUCAGGCUCUCCUUUUCGAAGCGAAUGGCUAUCGAACAUCGAGACCAAAGACCUCGGAGUCUAGCACGCUCUGUGGACUUGUUGACCUCCUCCACCGGAUUGGUCACUGGGGCCUGUCAAGAAAAUUUGCGGAGCAAUUAAGUUUUCUCUUAAAGGAGACGCAGAGUUAA